AACUCUAUUCUCUUGCUUUUAUGGUGUGAGAAGACUGUGCCAGGUUAUGAUGUUGCUGGCAUAGUAGUGAAAGUUGGAAGAGAAGUAAAGAAAUUUAAGGUUGGGGAUGAAGUGUAUGGUGAUAUCAACGAGGCAGGGUUGGAGAACAUUAAGAUUCUUGGCACUUUGUCAGAGUAUACUAUUGCAGAAGAGAAACUAUUGGCUCAUAAACCAUCCAAUCUAAGCUUCAUUGAAGCUGCUAGCAUUCCUUUGGCACUUCAAACUGCUAACGAAGGUUUUGAGCAUGCUCACUUUUCUGCUGGCCAAUCUAUCCUUGUUUUGGGUGGAGCUGGUGGAGUUGGAAACUAUGUUAUUCAGCUUGCCAAACAAGUUUAUAAAGCAUCUAAGAUAGCAGCAACUGCUAGCACCGGGAAGCUCAAACUUUUAAGGGAGUUGGGAGUUGACUUGCCUAUUGAUUACACAAAGGAAAACUUUGAAGAUCUUCCACAAAAAUAUGAUCUAGUGUAUGAUGCAGUAGGGCAAACUGAUAGAGCACUGAAGGCCAUAAAGGAAGGUGGGAAAGUUGUGACAAUAGCACCACAUGCCCAACUUCCACAAGCUAUUUUCUUCAUCAUCACAUCCAAGGGAUCUACCUUAGACAACUUGAGACCUUACUUUGAGAGUGGUCAAUUGAAGCCAAUUCUCGAUCCAAAGACUCCAGUACCAUUUUCUAAUGUCAUUGAAGCCAUUUCCUACUUAGAAACUUCAAGAGCCACAGGAAAAGUGGUCAUUUAUCCCAUACCCUAACCAUACUAUUAACUCACAUGAUGAUAUAAUGAUAUUUGAUGAUGAACCUUUUAACUAAAGUGUGUACUUUUAUGAUAAAUAAUUAAGGUCAAUAUGCUUCUUGUUUAUGUAACAAAGCUGCUACCUUGCUGCUGAAUAUAAAGAUUGGUAAUGGACCAUUAAGUAUAUGAAUGGAUCAACUGGUGUGUAUUUGUUUCAGCAUUAUCAAUAGUCUUAACUCUCAAAUUUAAGUUAUAGGUAGUUGUAUUAAAUAUUCACAUAGAAAAAGAACUUAAUUAUUUGUAAUAGUCUUACUCGAUUCGAAUAAGAUUGUUUAUGAUAGAGGA